AUGUCUACAAAUAUAACGCAUCAACCUUCACAUAUUACUCAUGACCAGCGUUCAGUUAGCAACAAGUCUUGGUUCCACGGUUGUACGGUGUGGUUUACAGGUCUCAGUGGAGCUGGCAAAACGACUUUGGCAUUUGCUCUAGAACAUCAUCUAGUUAAUCGAGGCAUAUCAGCUUAUGUUUUGGACGGAGAUAAUAUUCGCUCUGGUUUAAAUAAAAAUUUAGGAUUCAGUGAUGAAGAUCGUGUGGAAAAUAUCCGACGUGUCAGUGAAGUAGCUAGGUUAUUUGCUGAUGCAAAUAAUAUUUGUUUAACUAGUUUCAUUAGCCCGUUUGAAAGUGAUAGAACUGCAGCUCGCAUGUUGCACUCUAAAAACAAUCUACCAUUCUUUGAAGUUUUUCUAGCUACUCCAAUUGAAGUAUGUGAACGACGUGAUGUAAAAGGGUUAUAUAAACGUGCACGUGCUGGCGAAAUAAAAAAUUUUACUGGUAUCUCUGCAAUUUAUGAAAAUCCAACAAAUCCUGAUUUAAUUUUAAAUACUGAAUUGUAUUCUGUUCAAGAGUGUGUAUCUAAAUGUGUACAAAUGUUAGCUACAGCUGGACUAGUGCCUAACUGUGAUGAAGUAAAUCCAUUUGGUGGUCCUAUGCCCAAAGAAUUAUAUGUGACUGAUCCUUUAGAAGUUGAAAAAUUAAAGGCAGAAUGUUUAAAUAUACCUCAUCUAGAAAUUACAGAAUUGGAUCUUCAGUGGAUACAAACACUAGCUGAAGGUUGGGCCACUCCAUUAAAUGGUUUUAUGCGUGAAAAUGAAUAUUUGCAAGUUCUCUAUUUCGGUCAAUUACAAGUAUCAGACUGUUCAGUUAUUACAAAUUUCCCGAUCCCAAUUGUAUUAGCUGUAUCAAAUGAGGAUAAAGAAAGAUUUCACGGGAAUGGUUCAUCGAUAGCUUUAGUAUAUAAAAGUAAUACAAUUGGAAUGUUACAAAAUUGUGAAUUUUUCCCUCAUCGUAAAGAAGAACGAUGUUGUCACAUAUUUGGAACUAAUCAUAUAAAUCAUCCAAGUAUAGAAAUGAUUAUGUCAUCCGGUGAUUGGUUAGUUGGCGGUGAUUUAAAAGUAUUCGAAAGAAUCAAAUGGAAUGAUGGUUUAGAUCAGUAUCGUUUAAUGCCAAAAGAAUUACAUAGUGAAUUAGUAAAAAUGAAGGCUGACUGUGUCUUUGCCUUUCAACUGAGAAAUCCUAUACAUAACGGUCAUGCAUUAUUAAUGACUGAAACUAGACAACAAUUAUUAGAAAAACAUGGAUAUCAUAAUCCUGUGUUAUUACUUCAUCCACUUGGAGGUUGGACAAAGUCAGAUGAUGUUCCACUCAAUGUACGUAUAGCUCAACAUGAAGCCUGUUUAGAUGAAGGUGUUCUUGAUCGUGAUUCAACUUUAUUGGCAAUAUUUCCUUCACCAAUGUUAUACGCUGGACCACGUGAAGUUCAAUGGCAUGCUCGCACACGAAUGUUAGCCGGUGCUCAGUAUUAUAUAGUUGGACGAGAUCCAGCAGGUUUACCUCAUCCUAAUGGAACAGGUGUUGAUUUAUAUGAUCCAUCUCAUGGUGCUAAGGUAUUAUCUAUGGCUCCUGGUUUAUCCAAUUUAAAAAUUAUUCCAUUUCGUGUUGCUGCCUAUGACAAGACAAUCAACAAAAUGUCAUUUUUCGAUCCAAAACGUUCGUCAGAUUUUCUAUUUAUUUCUGGUACUAAAAUGCGUACAUUAGCUCGUGAAGGUAUGGAACCACCGGAUGGAUUUAUGGCCGGGAAAGCAUGGAAGGUUUUGUCAAAUUAUUAUUGUCAAUUAAAUAAAUCAGUUUAA